AUGGCUCUCAGAUCUAUUAGCUUUGCUCAUCAUACCAGCUUUCCAAAGAGCGAGGAAGACUAUCAAGCCCGACGAAAAGAGUACAUCAGAAACUCUCUGUUAAGAAAAGCCAAUCUCAACAAAGUCCUCCAAGUAGCCGACCAAUCAGAAAAGAACCGCGAAGGAAUGGUCCAACUCAGAAGAACCAUCCUAGAUACCGACCUAUCAGUGGUCCAAAACACGGUCACCUACGCCGGCAACAUCGUACGAGACAUCGAGUGCAUCGAACAGGCACAGAACGAUGUUGAUACGCAUGUAGAUGCGUGGAAGUCUACAUUUCGGAAGCUGUACAGGGUGUCUUUUGACGACCGGGAGGAUGUUUUGAAGGCACCGCAGGCUUUGGUCGAUACGUGCAAUAUGCUCUGGACUUCGAAGGUGGUGUAUCCUUGGGCAGAGCAUGAUGAGGUUGCCCGGUAUUGUGUCACGUUGGAUGAGCUUAUCUUUGGGUGGGAGGUUGCAAGGAGGGAGGAAAGGGGUGAUGAGUAUUGGGAUAUGGAGCAUGUUGUUUCUACGUUUAACGAUGUGAAAGCGUGGUAUGAGUAUGGGGUUUAUGGGAUUCCGGAGUGA